GCGCAGUGCCCGUGUUGUUCACCUCUCUCCCGGUUCAGAGCGCUUUCGUUUCUCACGUUACACCGGACCGGACCGCGGAACCCCUUCCAAAAACACCGUGUAACAUUAACCAGUGUUUAAAAUAAUAACAGCAAACCCGCCGGCGUGCUUUCAAAUCGCUUUCCGAUACAAAUUACAACGGAAUAAACUCCGUGCUGAGAAACAACAAACAAACAAACAAACAAACAAAACAAACAAAUCGUGACGUGGCUGGUCCUGCUUCACACGUAACGCGGCGUCGUGUUGUUAUUGUAUCCGUCCGCCGGACCCGAUACCGCCAGCAGCAGCCGAGCCGAGCCGUGCAGAUCCGAACCGGACCCGACCCGAUCCAAACCCGAUCCAAACCCGAUCCAAACCCGAGGAUGAAGUUUCAGUACAAAGAAGAGCACCCGUUCGAGAAGCGGAGAUCCGAGGGGGAGAAGAUCAGGAAGAAAUACCCGGACAGGGUGCCAGUGAUUGUUGAAAAAGCUCCCAAAGCCAGGAUAGGCGAUCUGGAUAAGAAGAAAUAUCUGGUCCCGUCUGAUCUCACAGUGGGUCAGUUCUACUUUCUGAUCCGGAAAAGGAUUCACCUUCGAGCUGAAGAUGCGCUUUUCUUCUUCGUCAACAACGUCAUUCCCCCCACCAGCGCCACCAUGGGACUGCUUUACCAGGAACACCACGAGGAAGAUUUCUUCCUCUACAUCGCCUACAGUGACGAGAGCGUUUACGGAGGGGGGGACCACGCACUGGACGCCACGCUGAAGAAGCGGUUCCAGUAA